AUGAGAGCCGCCGUGAUCGUUCUAUUGGCAUUGGUUGCCAUUGUUGCAGCCCAAAAUGAUGGACUCAACAAUCCCGAAGGAUUUGUAAUUGAUCAAGCUUUCUACAGGCCAAGCAACCCUCCUAAUGGAGGAUAUGAGCCAAUAGACCGUGAACCGGCUUACGUCGACUUUGGAAACCAAAACAGACCCUACCCUGGAAAGCAAUACAACUCGCCCGACUUACGCGGGGGAAAA